AUGUAUUUAGGGGUUAAGAACAUAAAUAAAAAUUAUGAAAAGAAUUAUUCUAGCAUGACUAACGAAGAAAGACUUAAACUGAAAAGAAGAAUAAUGUACGAUGCAUUGAACUUUUCCCAACAUUUUUCUUAUUCCAACUUCGUCAACUAUAAAUACUUGUCCCAAGUUUAUGCAACGAGCUCAGAAGAACUGAAAGACAUGGAGAACAUUGUUAGGGAAAUAAAACUUGACAAUAACAAGAAAAAGGAAUUGUUUAAGUUGGCAAGACAAAAAAUUCCUCUCUUUUAUUUCCCCCUUAAUAAUAUGUACAAUGAAGGAGAGCUAAAAUACUUUGAAAAUUGUAUUCUUCCCUAUGUUAAUAAACAAGAGGAAAUUAAGCAAAUUCAGAAAUUUCUCUUUAAUGCAUAUCAGAAUUAUAUUAUUUACAAUAAUAUAUUUGAAUUAUGGACAGGCGACCUCGACUCUCUGAACAGAUUUUCUAUUUUUGAAAUGUACAAAAAUAAAAAUCAGCACCAAAAAAAUGCGAUGUAUGAAGACUACAGAGAAAAUAUACAUUUUAACAAAAUUCAAAAAAUUAAGAGAAGAAUUAGGAUGCACAUAUACAAGGAUAAUAACAAAGAUAAUGAAAAUAAGGAAAAUACAGAAGAAUAUAAACUAGAAUCAGAGAAAGUAAAAAACCCUAACGUUAAUUUCGACGACUGGCUGUAA